AUGAUUGUCCGUAAAUUCACCGCCUUCCUCCUCGUCGUCUGUAUUGUAGCCCUUGUUGUCGCUCUUUCUUUGAACGAAUGGCCCUGUGGAAAUCUUUUCGAACAAUGCACAGAGGAAAACGCCAAAGAUCGGGAAGUCAUGCUUGCAUUUGUCUCCCUUCUCCUUAUUGGUCUCCUCUUUAUUCUCAUAGUCUUCAUUAUUGAUGUUGCCCUCUUGACAAAGGCUCAAGAGACCUCGAUAAAUAUCAGCGCCCGCUUCACUUUCAUCUAUCUAGGAGCCGUGCUGAUCUUUGUGGCCGUUAUCAUGUACACUGCUAUUCAGAGCCAACUCUGGGGAUACUUUUUGGCUGUCUUUGCAGCUACAAUUGCUAUGGUUCUUGCAGCCCUGGCUGUCGCUUCCUCAAGAUGUGUCUCUAGGAGCGAAUUGGUCGCUGCUGAUGGGGAAUAA